UCGUAAACCACCUGACAGCUCUGCCCCACAAGCUCUCGCUGCCUACCUCCACUCCAACCCACAUGGAUUUCUCCGCCGCCGGCGGGGGCCGCGGCGAGCCGGCCCGGUGGCUAGAGAUAGCCGGCAAGCUCCUUGCCGCGCGGGACCUGGUGGGCUGCAAGCGGCUCGCGGAGCGCGCGGUGCGGGCCGACCCGCUCCUGCCCGGCGCCGACGAGCUCCUCGCAGUCGCCGACGUCCUCCUCUCAUCCCAGCGCCUGCUCCCCUCGGGCCGCCCCGAUCCGCUCGCCGUCCUACAGCUCCAGCCCGACCCCGACCCCGCCGCCGUCAAGCGGUCCUUCCGCCGUCUCUCCCAACUCAUAUCCUCCCCACAUAACCCCCAUCCCGCCGCGGACACCGCCCUCCGCUUUGUGCAAGAAGCCUUCGCCGACCUCUCCGAUCAAUUGAAGAGCGCCCCCGCCGAUCCACCUCCUGCUCCUGCGUCCGCGGACGCAUCGGCCGCGGCCGAUGCGUUCUGGACAGCGUGCCCCUACUGCUGCCACGUGUACCAGUACCAGCGCGCGCUGGUGGGGCGCGCUCUAAGGUGCCAGAGCUCCUGGUGCCGGCGCGCGUUCGUGGCCACCGAGAUCCCGACCGCGCCGCCUAUUGUGCCGGGCACCGACAUGUACUACUGCGCGUGGGGGUUCUUCCCGAUGGGCUUCCCUAAGGCUGCUGAUUUGAGCACCAACUGGAAACCAUUCUGUCCGAUGUUUCCGUCUAAUUCGUCAGCUUCGCAGCCAGCAUCUGCGGGGACUGGCAAUGUUGAUGUACAAAAUGUUGAGAAUAAUGGCGGGCCUAUUAAUGUCAAUUCAACACCAGCAAAUGUGCAGCCCGCAAAUAAGAGUGGUGUCAGUGGCAGUGCAGUAGGGCCAUCUAGAGGUAGGAUCAAGAAGACAACAGCCCGCAAGAAGGUUGGUGCUGUGCUCAAGAAGCAUUCUUCUGGCGGUGCGGAAAGUAGCAUUGAGUCAUCUAUGCUUGGUUUGGAUUCGUGGAAUGGAAAUGUGGGGAGUGGACAGACAGUGGGUACUAGAGAGAUCAACAUAAAUGAGGUGGCAAAACCAACUGAUGGCAGCACCAUGCUGAAUUUUGGUGGGGUUGAGGAUAUUGGGUUUGAUUUGGAUGUUGAUGCAACAGAUGCUAUAUUGGGGAAUUUGCAGCACCUGCCAUUCUUGAGGGAGGAUGACAAUACCAGACGGAUGUUUUAGUUGUCGAUGUGCUUGGUGUAGGUAUUCCAUAGAAGUGGUGUAUGAUAGCAUGGUUGAAGGAAUUCCUGCAUAGUCUGGCCCUUUGCUGCUGCGCUUGCUUUCAUUGCCACUAUUUCUCAUAUUGAUCCUGUGUUUCGUAACUGUCUACCUUUGGUUCUGUAGUUAGCUGGUGAUCUCUUGUACCAUCUGGAUCAGCACUAUUUACAAGUCCGUAGAGUAGAGUAUCCCAUAUUAGUUGAAGAAUGUGUGAUAUAUGCCAUCUGCAAAUUAACUUAAGGAGAUAACUGGUGAAGGGAAUAAUGCAGUCUGCUUAGAUAAUCGGUGAGGCUUUUAGUUGAGAGUUUAUGAUGCAACAGAGGUCACAUGGAGCACUGGCAGAUAAAUGCCGAUGAGAAUGAUUUCUGGAUUACAAAAUCUCUGUAUUUCAUGACAUCAGUUGAUUGCCUUCACCCGUCAUCGAUGGAGCUGAAUAGGAGAAGUGGCAUGGCUCGGUUUAAGGGACAACAGUGGCGUGUAAACUAUGCUUCUCUUUCUCCUAGCCUGAAAUAAAGGGCUUUGUCUAUGCGUCGGCACCCAGUUUUCCAUCCUAAGUGGAAAACGGUACCGGCUUCUGUCGGCCUUAUUAAGUUAUUUGUUAGCCUUGUUAACUGUAGGCUCCUGUAACUAUUAACUUACUUCAUAAUCAUCACUAGCUCCUUGCCCUCAAUUUUUAUACUUCUUUUUGUUGC